UCAGCAGGAAAGAAAGGCGGUGUUGCCAUGUCUAAAGAGGAGCUGACUCUGGAGAAGAGGAGGGAGCUGGAGAGGAGGCUGCAGGACGUCAGUGGGCAACUCAACUCUGUCAAGAAACCAACGAAACCUAAAGUGGAGAAGCCCAGCGUUGUGGAGACCAACCCUCAGCCCGCACGCCUCAGUGGAAGCAGCUCCAGCUCUGACUCCUCUUCCUCCUCCUCCUCCUCCUCGUCCUCAGACACCAGUGAUUCAGACUCUGGUUGAGACCCUCAGCCCUGGCUAACAGAGAAAAAUGCUAAUAACUCAGGGACUUGGGCUGGCCCAGGUCACAACAAACCCUGGAACGGCAGUGGGCUAAGAUAUUAAACACAUAGAAAAACAGUGGCUUUGAAUGUGGGAAUGAGGGAUGAGAAACAACGUCUCUCUGGAUAACGGUAGAACCCAGACUCUAAAUGCCUUGGUUUCCCCCUCCUCCCCUUUGUAAAUAUUUGUACAAAUGUAUGUUUCUUUUAUAAAGAAGAAUUUUAUGGUGAUCCCCCAAAGAGGGAAACGGAUUUUAAAAAAUGUGGAAAGAUUGGCCUUACUCCAAAUCUGCUCCGGCUGGCCUUGCGCUGCCCUCUGUGGAGAGGGAAUGGAAGAGCGUUUAUUUAUUCUGUUUUCUUUACCCCCAUUUCCUCAGACAACACUGGAAUUUGAACAAGCAAUCUUUUUGGUCUCAAGCCUUGCUUCUCUAACAUCUGGCCUUCUGUUCCACUUGAUUUUAAUAUCAACCCCUAGACUCAGCCUUAAUCAUCUAGGUUGUUUAUAAUAUUUCCGUUAUUUGGAUAAAUAAUAUAUUGUUAAGGAGCUCUAAGAUUCCUUCCCAGGAGUUAUUAGGUCGUAGAAAAACAAACCUCUGGUAUUGGACAUUUAAGUAUGACUUUGGUUUGAGUUCUGAAUCAUUCCUCUUGUGUUUACACACAUUUCUCUUGAAGUUAAAUAUCAGUUUGACAUUGAGCUUUUAGCUGCAGUAUCUUUGUAUGGCAUGUUCAUGUUUUUAAAAGUAAAUUGGGUUCAUGGUACAGUAUAGAAAUGACUUAACAUACUUUAAUUACAAAGUUUGCAAUGACGUAACAUACUCAUUCAGUUGGUAUUGAUUUUGAUGGCAGCACUAACUUUCUGAUAGUCCUCCAGCCAUGUUGGACUGACUAGUCUUAUAAACACGGCACUAGUUGAUUCUGUGUUCAGUAUCUGAAAUCAGCUCUUUACUGUUGUCCACAUUGCUCUUCAUUAUGUCAAACUGUAAUUGAAGUGUGUAUCUAUUCCUAAGAGCUGGACACAGGCUUCUGAAUGUUAUCUGAUUGUAGUGCAGGUUUCUAAUUUCCACAUGAAUCUCCUGAACAUGUGAAGUUGCAUAGCUGUUUCUUGAAGACAUCUGUAGCACUUAAAAACUCAGUGAGAGAUUCUUAAAGAAAUCUUUUGGCUACUCCGCACUUACUGGAACCAAUGUUGUUGGAUAAGUAACAGCAAAAGUUUCCUAUUAAGAGAAAUCAAAGUCCUUACAGCCCCAUUCAUAGUUGAAGCUGUUGUUGAAUGUUCAGUAAAAGAAUAUAUGCUUGUAUAUACUUAAACUGUAUUUACUGUUGCACAAAUUAUUGUAUUUCUGCUGUUCUGUCCUUAUUUUCUUUUGAGUUAUGUUGUUUCCUUUUUACACGCUGUUAUUUCUCAUUCCAGUCUUAGUUGUUUACUGAAGAGAGUUCACAGGAGCAUCGCUGCCUCUCAGAAGCAUACCUUUCCUUUGACAAGUGUGUUUAUUAAAACAUUCUCUUCUGUAGUAAAACAUUGGCUUUU